AUGUCUUGGUGUAAGAAGAAUAUACAAGAACGUUGGGAAAAGCGAUUCGCUUUACGAAUCGCAGAGCACGACGAAUCCAUUCUUGUACUUAAAACCAGGUUUGAUCAGGUAUGGAAUUGGUUUUCAGCUGCUGAACUUGGAAAGACUGUUACCGAGUACUGGUCGGCAUGGUAUGAACAUGCCGAGAAAGGUCUGUAUAGUGCAGACUCGUCCAGACCCCUUAUCAAACCAGAUCCAAAUUACGUUCACGACCUCGAUGAUGUUCGCCCGGAGCUGUUCACACAGAUCCUCGUGGACGGAGAAACCGAGUUCGUACCGGAUUUGAGGAAGAUAGGACUACUCGGAAGUCGUUGGAUAGUAUCGCGAAAGCGCAAUACUAAUCUUUUCGACCUUGCAAAUGUGUGGAAGAAAACAGUCUUUCGUAAACUGGAUGAAGACAUCGCUGAAAAAGGUGGUGUUGUUCCCGAAACUCAAAACGUUAAUGAAACUUAUCACUCUGCUUUAGUUGAAGCUGCUGAACAGAUAA